GGGGUAGAGGGGUGGAAGGAGAGAGGGAAAGAGGAUUCUCUUCUCUAUGACCAGAGAAACGGAGGGAUUGAGGGGUGGAAGGAGAGAGAGAAGGAGGAGCAGUUCCUCAAUGACCAGAGAGAUGGAGGGAUGGAGGGGUGGAACAGAGGGAAGGAGAGGAGGAUGGAGGAAGGGAACACUCAGUCCGUCCGUUACCUUAGCGACCCGGACGACCCUGACAGCUAUGAUCCCGUGACCCCUGACCUUGAUCCUGACUCCUCCCCCAUCUACACCCAGGAUUCUAACCCCUCCCCCGUCUUCACCCACAACCGAAACGCACCCCUAGAUAUCUACACCCCAAAUGUCUACACCACAAACUCACCUCCUGAUACAUACACCCCAAAUUCACCCCCAAGUAUAUACACCCGAAACGACCCCCUCCCAAAUGUCUACACCCGAAAUUCUCCCCCGAACAUCUACACUCGAAGCGACUCUCCCCAGCUCUACACCCGAAACUCACCCCCGCCACCACGAUUCUACACUCGUGAAUCUCCACCCCUACUCCUGUCGUCCUAUCCUGACAGCAGCCCCGAAGGUCAACCAGAGGUUAGCCCCACCCCUCGACCCCACCGACCCCCUCUGGAAGUCCCCUACAGUCUGGGACGACCCCCUCUGGGCCCCAGGCCUAAUCACAUGCAGACUUUCUACCAGCCCCCACCCCUCACACCCCUCACGGCUAAUGGGGAGUUGGUUUACACAGAGCCCGCCAGCGAGGACGAUGAGGGACAGAUGCAACGGGUGACGAGUCUGUGACUAGGGCGGUGGUGAUCUGGAGGAGGAAGAGGAGGAGGAGGAAGAAGAAGAAGACAGUUGUUGCAGUCAUGAUAUUAAUUAUCAUAAUCAUUGAUAAAGACCGUUAUAAUGUGCUCCAACCAAUCUCGUCUCUCCUAGAGAUCUGGAACGUUCCCAGACUCCGCCCCCAGGCCCCUCCCCUCUACAGACUGUCGGGCGACGGAACACGUUGUUGCCUUCCGCCUACGUUGUCACGGCAACAGAACAAUGAGCUCGGAACUCUAUAGAAUGGAGGUGAUUCUAACCCGGAACUCUCCUACUGUAAACAAUACCUACACAAUGAGGAUGAUCGUCCAUUGUACAUAGAUCCACCUGUGCUCUGACUUGUCUUGUAUUGCUACUGAAGUUAACCCCAGUUAAACUGUGUAACCAAACCUUUGCCGGUGUACCUUCCUGUUGUACGUGUCUUUCUUCUGUCGUCUCUUCCUACCAGCACCGCUUCUGCUGAUGGCUUCUUCACUGAGGAGACUUUUCACAUGUGAUGACUGUGAUCUGUGGUUGUUUCAUCUAGUUUAAUGCCCUGACUGUAAGUCUCUCUGGAUAAGAGUCUGCUAAAUGACCAAAUGUACAUGUUUAAUGUUGUCUGUCUGUCUGUCUGUCUGUCUGUCUGUCUGUCUGUCUGUCUGUCUGUCUGUCUGUCUGUCUGUCUGUCUGUCUGUCUGUCUGUCUGUCUGUCUGUCUGUCUGUCUGUCUGUCUGUCUGUCUGUCUGUCUGUCUGUCUGUCUGUCUGUCUGUCUGUCUGUCUGUCUGUCUGUCUGUCUGUCUGUCUGUCUGUCUGUCUGUCUGUCUGUCUGUCUGUCUGUCUGUCUGUCUGUCUGUCUGUCUGUCUGUCUGUCUGUCUGUCUGUCUGUCUGUCUGUCUGGUAUAGAAUGUGGUGUUACUCUGAAAGAACCAGACAGGACACACCAGUUAAAAAGUCAACAUAGUAUUUCAUAGUUAGUGGUUAUCCAAGUUACAGACUGUACAGUAGAGUCACACACACACACACACACACACACACACACACACACACACACACACACACACACACACACACACACACACACACACACACACACACACACACACACACACA